UCCACUAGAUGGUGAUGACAGUAGAACCGAGAGCUUUGUGCCCUGUGUUUCUAGGCCAGUGCCAGGCUCACUUGAGGCGCUCAUUAACUAUGAUAUGAACGAAUGAAAGGUUGAGUGAAUUGGGCCCUAAAAGCGGUCAUCCAAGGGCCGGGAGGUGCACGUGGGAUGAAUGGGAACACAGUGAUUGGCCUUUUUGGAGUUUUCUCUCUUUUUUAAAAACAGAAUACAUUACAGAUGUUGAAAAGAGCACAAAAAUCAUAACUGUACAGCUUGGCUUGUUAAUUUUUACAAAUAAACACACCCUCGUGAAUCCAGGACCUAGAUCAAGAACCAGAACAUUAACAGCACCCAGAAAUCUCCCCGCGCCCCCUUCCACUGAGCGACCCUUUCAACCCUUACAAAGCCGGAGGGCGCAAUUCCUGGGUCCUGUGACCUUGGUGACCGACGCCCGAGACAAGUCAAAAAGACCCAAGGGCGUGGAAAACGCUCCUCUUACCGACAAACUUGAAGCGACCCAUGACUGCGGAUGGGAGACCUCGCCGGCGGAAGCGGAAGUGGCCGCCGGCUGCUCCACCCUUCCGGCUGGCGUUGUUCCGUCAGCUGCCGCAGGCCUACGGAUUCCCGGCUGUCCCCGCGGCCGGGGAAGGUCAGCGCAGUCAUGGCGUUAUUGGUGUCGGGGGUCUACCUGACCCAUCAGCAGAAGGUGUUGCGGCUUUAUAAGCGGGUGCUGCGCCACCUGGAGUCGUGGUGCGUCCACAGAGACAAAUACCGAUACUUUGCUUGUUUGAUGAGAGCCCGGUUUGAAGAACAUAAGAAUGAAAAGGAUAUGAUGAAGGCCACCCAGCUGCUGAAGGAGGCUGAGGAAGAAUUCUGGUACUAUCAGCAUCCACAGCCGUACAUCUUCCCUGACUCUCCUGGGGGCACCUCCUAUGAGAGAUACGAUUGCUACAAGGUCCCAGAAUGGUGCUUAGAUGACUGGCAUCCUUCUGAGAAGGCAAUGUAUCCUGAUUACUUUGCCAAGAGAGAACAGUGGAAGAAACUGCGGAGGGAAAGCUGGGAACGAGAGGUUAAGCAGCUGCAGGAGGAAACGCCACCUGGUGGUCCUUUAACUGAAGCUUUGCCCCCUGCCCGAAAGGAAGGUGAUUUGCCCCCACUGUGGUGGGAUAUUGUGACCAGACCCCGGGAGCGGCCCACAUAGAGAGAGACCCCUCAUCUUUCAUACUUGCAAGUGAAAUACGUUACACAACAUGCACUUGCCCUAAUAAAAAAAUCAAUGAAAUGGUC